CUGCUGGAAAUGACAGCAGAGAGGGAGCCCAUCUGAAGAGUGAUCGGAGCAUCAUCAGCAGAGAGUCAUCGCCAUGGGGAACUGUUGUGACUGCGUGGUGAAUUUUUUCGGCCGGCCAAAGAACACCAAUGUGCGUGUUAGUCUGCCGGCUGUCUGCUUUGUCUGGCAGAUUGCGAUGAUUGUGCUGUUUGGAGUUUUCAUCCGGUAUGAUGAGGAGUCAGACGCACACUGGGUGGAAUACAAAAGGGAGCACAAUGUCACUGACAUUGAAAACGACUUCUACUUCAGAUAUCCCAGUUUCCAGGAUGUCCACGUCAUGAUCUUUGUUGGAUUUGGUUUCCUCAUGACCUUCCUGAAACGCUACAGCUUUGGCGGUGUGGGCUUCAACUUCUUGAUCGCCUCCUUUGGUCUGCAGUGGGCUCUUCUCAUGCAAGGCUGGUUCCACUCCCUCGACCACACCACUGGAAAAAUCUACAUCGGAGUUGAGAGUCUGAUCAACGCAGACUUCUGUUGUGCGGGCUCUCUGAUUGCCUAUGGUGCCCUCCUGGGAAAAGUAAGCCCUGUCCAGCUGAUGGUUGUCACCUUAUUUGGCAUCACGCUGUUUGCUGUGGAGGAAUACAUCAUCCUCAGCCUCCUUCACUGCAGAGACGCUGGUGGCUCCAUGGUCAUUCACGCUUUUGGAGGGUACUAUGGUUUGGCCAUCUCCUGGGUCCUCUACCGACCAAACCUACACCAAAGCAAACGUCUCAGUGGAUCUGUCUACCACUCUGAUGUGUUUGCCAUGAUUGGUACACUGUUCCUGUGGAUGUUCUGGCCCAGUUUCAACUCAGCCAUCACGGACCACGGUGACGGACAGCACAGAGCAGCCAUUAACACUUACAUUGCCCUCGCUUCCUCUGUGCUCACCACUGUGGCCAUCUCCAGCAUGUCUCAGAAGAAAGGAAAGCUAGAUAUGGUGCAUAUCCAGAAUGCCACGCUGGCUGGUGGUGUUGCCAUGGGAACAGCAGCAGAGUUCAUGAUCACUCCUUAUGGGUCGCUCAUUGUGGGUUUCUGCUGUGGCAUCAUCUCCACCUUUGGCUACCUGUUUGUCACGCCCUUCUUGGAGAAAUAUUUCAAGAUUCAGGACACAUGUGGUAUCCACAACCUGCAUGCUGUGCCAGGGAUGCUUGGUGGCUUCAUAGGUGCCAUUGUUGCUGCAGCAGCCACUGAAUCUGUCUAUAGUAAAGAGGGGUUGAUCAACACAUUUGACUUUGAAGGCAAGUUUGCAGACAGAUCUCCAGGAACACAGGGAGGCUUCCAGGCUGCUGGCACAUGUGUGGCAAUUGCAUUUGGACUUGUUGGAGGCGCAAUUGUUGGGUUCAUCCUGAGGUUCCCCAUCUGGGGCGAUCCUGCUGAUGACAACUGCUAUGAUGAUGAAGUUUACUGGGAGGUUCCUGAGGAUGAGGAAACCAUCCCUCCUGUUUUGGAGUACAACAACCACAUGAUACACAAGCACCAAGACAUCUCUGAGUCAAACUUCUCUGUGGAGCAAAGUUAGAGCCGCACAGUGGGAGAUCAACCCAGUGAUAUCACUUUGAACUUGAUAUAUCUGUGAAACAACACUAAAUGAACGAUGGAGCUGCCCUGAAAGAACGGGCAGCUCUAAAAGAGAAGAACAAUAUUUUUGACAUGCAUGUCUUCCGCCUCUCUUAUCUCACACCAUUUAAACCUGAUACAUUUGUCUGGCAUUUUUUUCUAUGAUUGGAAGCUUAAGUUUAUGAUGCUGCUGCACAAAAAUGGUGACCAGACAUCUUAUUUGUCGAAAAAUAAUUCUGAAUAGAAACGUAAUAGUUCAUUUUGGAAGAAAAUUUAUAUAAUUUGCAGACACUUAAUGACUUGAAAAUGUCAGGUAGUGAGUCCAAGCAGUGUGAUGGGAAGUCAAAGACAAUCUGUUUAUGUUAUAAAUUAUAAUGCACAGAAGAACUGAGAGCUAUUUUCAUUCUCAUCAGUUGGACUAAAGUCCUCUUUUUAAAGGACUGUAAAAAGCUUUGAAUUCUUUGAUGUGAUACUUUUUAAUAGUUGAAUAUUACCAUAAUUAUUACCAUUUUAUUUCUUUUAAAGAGUCUACUGAAACACAGCAUAUUGUGUUGUACAUAAAAGAAGGUAUUUAGGAAUCAAAGGUAUUUGUGCUGCCAAAUUAGGCAGUUUUUGAAUUCUAUAUAUUACUUAGUAAUUUCUUUCAAAUUAUGUACAGGUCUUUUUAAGUUGUAUAUACAAAUGAUUCCACUUUUUAUUUGUUUGUUGCACCAGUUUCUUGUUCUUAAGAUGGAUGUUUUGGGGAACUAAAGUAACUAUGAUACAGUUGUCAGCAGUUUGGUUGCUGUAGUGUUGAAUGUUGCCUCCAGUGCACUAAGUGUGAUUGUAUGCAACAGUCUGCUUGUUGUAAUAUUGACACAUUAUAGUUUCAGUUUAAAAUAGUCUACAAAUUCAGAGAUCAAAUGUAGCUAAAAAUAAACAAUGAAGGUCUUUAAACAGUUUUUGCUCACACAUUUAGAAGACAUUUGAAGGAACCUAUGAUGAGAACAAAAUAAUGUCAUAAUACAACUAUCACAAUAAAGAGUGGUAAAAUGUGAA